AUGUUCAAAUAUGCAGACUGUAUUCUUGAUUACGUCACUUAUCUCGAAGAUUUUUAUCAUGAAAUUUCAAUGAAAGAAUUAAUUGAAGAACUUUGUGAAAUCAAAGAGAAUAGAUAUUACGUAUUCGAAAUGAAGAGACAUAAGAUAGAGAACAUUAAUGACCUAGUUGAAGAAAUAGAUGAUUUAAAAAUGAAAUAUGAAGUGCCUCAGACAAUACCUUCGAUUCUUAAUAUAAAUAAGGAUACAAAAUCAAAGAAUAUUGGACACAAGAAACGAAAACUAAUAUCAGUUAAAUGUUAUUCUUGUAACAAGUAUGGACAUUUUGCCAGAGAAUGUUAUUAUAACAAAAAUAAUAAAAAACAAGAAAAUGUUCGGAAACCAUCAUUCAUUAAAGAUGAUCGAAAGCACAAAAAACCGAAGUAUAACAAAGCAAAGAAUGUAAAAGAAAUGAAUGCAGUUGAAAAACGGGGGCAUUAA